GAGUCCACUUCCACAAGAAAUCAUUGACACAAAGGCCACACAUUUGUUCAAAGGCUGGCGAUAUCAUAUGCAUGAACAUUACAAAGAGUUGGUGAAAGAAGGUACAGAUCCUUAUAGUAAACCAUUUGUUGGGGUGAGGGAAGAAGAUUGGAGAUACAUGAUUGAUGAAGUGUUUCUUGGUGACACACACAAGAAACGGUCAACAAGAAAUAUAGCCAACAGGAAAAAGUUACCCUAUAAUCACACCAUGGGUUCAAGGUCAUUUUCAGCAGCAAUCUCAAUUGAGGGAAUUGAAACUGGAAAGGAGCCUCACAUUGUAGAUUUUUUCAAGACCUCACAUUGGAGUAAGAAAAAAAAAGAUUGGAUUGAACCAGUUUGUGCGGAGUUAUAUGAAAAGAUGGACCAACUUCGUGAGGAAUCUUCACAGCCUGGAGCAACCCCGCUAACACAAGAGGAAAUUACUGUUCAAGUCCUUGGGAAGCGUUCAAGGUAUUUGAGAGGUUUCAGGGUUGGUCCAAAGCCGUCUUCUGCAUUCAAUUCUACAACUAGGUCACAAGCACGUGAUGAAGAGGUUAAGGGCCUUAAAGAAGAGGUAGCAUCACUGAAAGGGAUAAUUCAAUCAUAUGAAGGACGCUUUGAGCAGUUUGAACACUUUAUGAGACAAAUGCAGGGCAAUGGUAGUGGAUACGACUCUUUUGAUGAGUAAGUACUAUUGCUUUUGAUGGUUUGU